CAGAGGUCUGCGAGCUGUCUACUUUAGUUCAGCACCACAACUUCGCCUGCAGAACAUACUGUAUAACAUUGUUUUACAUUUUCAGCAAUAUUCGUGCAAAAUUGGCGAAGAUUGGGAAUAUGAAGAGGCGCAAUGCCGAUUGUGGCAGAUUAAAACGUCCAAUAAAACGUAACAAGAUCACAGAAAACAUAUAUGGAAGCGCAUUUAUGUAUGCGAAGUUUCUAAUGCUAUGGGGUUUAGUACUAUUUCUGGACUUCAUCUUGGAGUUUCGUGUUGAGUACAUUUGGCCACUGUGGUUACUUUUCCGCAGCCUCUACGACUCAUACCGUUAUCAGGGUCUGGCUUUCUCUGUGUUCUUCAUCUUCAUUGCCAUUACGUCAGAUAUGAUUUGUCUUCUAUUUAUUCCUGUGCACUGGUUGUUUUUUGCUGCUAGUACAUACGUCUGGGUUCAAUUUGUUUGGCACACAGAUAGAGGAAUAUGUCUACCGACAGUUUCCCUGUGGCUACUCUUUGUCUAUGUGGAAGCUGUAGUAAGAUUGCGCGAGUUGCGAACCACGACACCUUUUCAUUUAGAUCUUUGUCGUCCAUUUGCAGCUCACUGCAUUGGAUAUCCUGUAGUAACACUUGGUUUUGGUUUUAAAAGUUAUGUUGGAUAUAAAAUGCGAUUGCGGAAACAACGAGAAGUAGAAAAAGAAAAUGAGUUUUAUAUGCAGCUCCUACAUCAAGCUCUACCGCAAGAACAGCAGCAAAAUACAGCAGAAAAAACUAAAGCUAUUUUGUCCAAGUCGGAAGAGAAGGACUGUUCUCAAACAAACAGUAAUGUCAAACCUAAGGGAUCACCAUCACCGAAAUCAGUUGAAGUUGAAAAUGCUAAAGACAGAGAUAAGGAUAGUUCAAAACAACCUACUUCAACAAACAAUGUGAACUUAAAAACAGGAGAACCAGAAGAAAUAAAAUUAACACAACGCAUUGUGAAUAGCUAUGAAGGAACAACAGAAAACCUAGUGAAUGAGCAAACACUAGCGAAAAAUAAUAAACACAGUACGUCAAACGGCGUAGGCCGUCAAAGGAGUGGUACAGCAAGUAGAGAACAUACAAAAGAUACGCAAGGAAGCAGUAAGAAAGGCAAACAAUAUUCAAGUAAAGUGGAAAAUAAAGAGAAAGAAAAGGAGAUGAAUGUGACAUCGGAUAUGCAAAUAUCUAAUGGAACAGCAACUUCAGUUUCAAAAGAUGAAAAAUCUGCAAGGUAUGAAAUGGAUAUUAAAAGGUUGAAAGCAGAAUUGCAGGGUAGCCGUCAGAAUGAGGUCGAAUUAAAAGCUGUAGUCAAAUCAUUAACGGCACAAGAAGAAGUCAUUAUGUCUGAGAUAGAUCAAAUAAAAAAAGAUAAUGAGCAGUUACAGACAAAGUUACAUAAUCUUGUCACUCAAAAACAACAAGACAAACUGACCCUUGGUAAAUUAGAACAGAAGUGGAAAGCAGAGAUGGCUAGUCGAACUGCCGUUGAAAAUCAGCUUAAAGAAGAACGUAAGAGCAAGCGAGCUGAGGAAGCCGCAGCUUCUCGUGCAAUCGCCAUGGCAGCAGCUAAUGCAGCAAGAAUGAGUGAAUGUAAUGGCAGCUGUAAGAUUCGGCAAAGCGAAUUGGAAAAAGAAUUGAAAAUGUUUAAAGAUGAACUUAAAGGAAAAUGUGACUCUGUGCGAGCUUUGGAGAAGGAAGCAGAGGGAUUACGACAAAAACCAGAGCAGCAACAGAAGACUGAGAUACUUAUGUCAGCACUGGCCGCCAUACAGGACAAGAACACACAGCUUGAAAACAGUUUAAGUGCAGAGACACGUGUAAAACUAGAUUUGUUCUCAGCGCUAGGGGAGGCUAGACGUCAAUUAGAGAUAGCUCAAGCACAAUUGUCAAAGAAAGAUCAGGACAUUCAUGAACUGAAGACCAAGAUCGCUGAGGUGAUGGCCGUCAUGCCGCAGAGCAGCUACCCAUGCACCACCACGCCAAUCACGCCAACGAAACCACACUACUCGGUAGCCUUUCGCCAACAGCUAGAUGAGACCCCGAAACAGGCUACCAACUCACAGAGGUCCUCGCUCGACCCAAAUGCAGCUGUUUAUCGACCUAAGAGCAAUUAAUUAGACACGAUUUCUUGGCCCACAAUGCUGUAACUAAUGAUGCCAGUAUAUAUUUCAUUAAGUUAGUGUCCACCCAUAUGUUCCGUUGAUUUAAUCGAUAGAUUUAUUCACAAAAAGCAUAUUGUACAGGAUACUAUACUAUUUUAACAUUCCGUGAACAUGAAAGAUUUUUUUACCCGACAAAUAUUGUAGAUCAACCUGGCCCUGAUUAUAUUUGAUUCUUAAAAUUCUAAAAAAAUUCUUCUUUUAUUAAUAUAUUUGAUGUUAAAAAUAUGUAUAAACCCCUCCCAUUCCGUCAUAAUAUUUAACUUUCAAAUUUCUUGCAAACUUCUCCCAUGAUUUACAUAAUGCUUACAAAUUUGUAAACCCUUCCCAUUUUAGAGAAUUAUAUUUGACCCUCAAAAUUCUUGCAAACCAUCCCCAUCACCAUGAUUAUUUCUGACAUUCUAAAAUAUUGUACUUCAGAUUUACGUAAUUGAGGCAUGUCGUGUUGAAAUGGUUGUGUUGUUGCACGGCCAGUAUUGAGUAAAUGAGCUAUAAAAUAUGAGAGCUCAAAAAACUUUCUAAAAAUCUAAAAUUAUUUUUCACUAUAGGUCAACAGAUUAAU